GUUGUUGGGUUUGAGUUUGGUUUGGGAAAAACAAGAAUCGAAGACUUGGUGUGAAACUGGCUCGGCUUCCCCUAGCGAAGAACCCAGGAUGGGGGGAAGAAGGCAUUUGCUCUGUAGCCCGUUUCUUUGUCGUGAAGGGAAGCAGAACUUGGCAGAUUAUCAAGAAAGAACAAAAGAAAGAAAGGAAAGAAGACAGAAUCCAAGGGAGUCCAUCUGGCAUGGAGAUCUGAGCAACCAGGCCAUCGUUCUUAUGACCGCGCGAAGGCCCUACACUCUUCCACGAACUCUCAUAACACCUCGCUUGUACUCCGAAGGGACGAUGGGUGGCAUUGCCCAAAUCACCCCCUUCCUGUACCUCAGUAAAGGAAGCGUUGCCUCCAACCGCCAACUGCUCUUAGCCCGCGGCAUCACCUGCAUUAUCAACGCGACCGUCGAACUCCCCAACCUCAACUUCCCCGACUUUGAGUAUGUCCGGGUGCCAGUGGCCGAUAUGCCCAGUGCCCCCAUCUCCCUUUACUUUGACAGCGUGGCUGACAAAAUCCAAAGCGUUGCCCGGAAGAACGGCGUCACCCUGGUCCACUGUGCGGCCGGCGUGAGCCGCUCCGCCACUCUGUGCAUCGCGUACCUGAUGAAGUACCAAAACGUCACCCUGUACGAGGCCUACCACUGGGUGAAAUCCAGGCGCCCCGUCAUACGCCCCAACGUGGGCUUUUGGAGGCAGCUGAUAGACUACGAGUGGGAGCUGUAUGGGCGGAACAGCGUGAAAAUGGUGCAAACUCCUUAUGGGAUGAUGCCGGACGUUUAUGUGAGGGAGAGGAGGGUCUUUGUGCCUUACUGGGGAGUCUAAAGAGAGGAAGCUGGAGCAGGAGGCGGGGGGCUCCCCAAACUGGCCAGAACUGGAGGACGUUCCACCCUCUUCGGAGAGCACCCCACCUCUCGGGGCCCGCUUCUUUCAUGUCAGCUGAACCUCAGAAGCAUUUUCAAAGCACUAAACCAGCAACCUCUUAAUCAGGGGGGCCUUAAUCCUACGUCCUGCAGAUUCACUUUUGUAGCAAAGUUGCCUUUAGCGUCUGCAAAGUGGACUCUGCAAGCCCAUUUCAAUGAGAAGAAUUCAUGACACCAAACCACUUAAGUGGGGGGAAGAAACAACCCAUGUCGUAGCUAUUUGGAUUAUUAUUAUUAUUAUUAUUAUUAUUAUUAUUAUUAUUAUUAUUAUUAUUAUUAUUUUCUCACUCGUAGUAGAUGCUUUCUCGGCAAACAGUCUCCUAAGGAGCGAACAUACUCUGUACAAUUUGGGAUUUUUUAAAAAAAGAAAGUAAUGGUCCAUCUCCAAAUACAGAGGAAAUAAGGCAUUUAUUUUAAAUAUAAGUAUUUAGUCGGAAAGGUCUUCCAUCCCUUUCUGUUCAUGUAUAGCUCAGCUUUUGAAUUUCAGUUUUGGGGGCAAAACUGAGGGGAGGGGGAGUUAUGUCAACUGGACAA